AUGACUUCGUCCAUUGCUGGCCGCAAUGGCCUGCCCGAUAGCCUGGGAACCGACCGGGACCAUCAGGUCGUCGCAAACAGAAAACCGACAGCCACAACCACAGCAAAGGCAGCAGCAUCUCCUCCAGCUGCGAUGCCAUCGACUGCGACUGCGACGGCGACACAAACACCAAACGCGAUACCAAAUUCGCCGGUAGACAACGACGAUAAGCGCGACCAAAAAGUUACUGACCCUACUCCGGCCUCAGUCUCGGCCCCGGUCCCAACAUCUUUUUUAUCAGUUCCAGAGUCAAAUUCAGUCUCAAACCCAAAUGCUGCUGAUGCUCCUCCUCUAUCGGCUGCGGCUGCAUCUGCUGAUUCGUCAGUACAAACAUCAACAUCACCUCCUGCACCUGCCUCAGCAAGUACAGCCACAGCUACUGCUGCUGUCGCUGUCAAUUCAGCGCCAGAAACAGCAGCAGCGACAGCAGCUACUUCAACAAUGCCAUCUAACUCGUCGCAGGCGGCAACUUCGACCGCAACAUUGCCAGAGUCUUCAGACCCUCGUGCAGAUUUAGCUUCUGCAGUUUCUCCAACGACAGCUUCAGCCUCUCAGCCUCAGCCAUCAACUCCGCCGCCGUCUCGUACCGUCCUGAGCGGUCCUUCAUCCGAAGCUGAUAUUAAGACGUCAGUAGAGCAUCAGCAAUCUGAAGCGCCUUCGAAUAAUGAGGCUUCAACUUCGGUGAAAGAUGAACCUAGUGACCAUACGAUGCCUGAUGCUCCUGCUACAAGCGACGCGGUUGUACCGGCGAGCGCUGAUCAGGCUCAACAAUCCACCCCUUUGCAAUUGCAGAUGCCAGCUGAUAAUAUGGGGGAGUCAUUUGCGCCUUCUACUCCAUAUACUUCGACCACAAUGCCUACCAUAAACCAGCAUGCCUACAUGAUGAUGGCUUUGGCGACAAUGUCGGGAGCUCCCUCAGUCAUGUCACCCCCUCCAACGGUCACACCAGCCCAGGUUACUUUGCCCAACACUCUAGAUGAUUCAUUUCAAACCCUUGCACAACCUAACUCAGCACGCCAAUCAGAAACCCACAAGGCCCUCGAAUCUUUCGCACGUGUAGAAUUUGCCGACAGUCUUUUCCAGAUGACGACCUACGCUAUUGUUAUUGGACGUGAUCAGCGCGCACUGGAACAAGCCCGCCGUGACGAGAAGCGCCUUGAAGAAUACCGCCGCCGUGCUGAGGAAAAUGCCCAUCUGGGAAUUCCACCACCCUCGCCCAUUCAGCCCGAUCGGAACAAGUUUAGCAAGUCCUAUGUCAGUGAAGAGGGAGGAAUGUUGGGUCCUGAAUCAGAUACUGGAGAGAACCCGCGACCAACAAAGCGGCGCAAGACCAGUACACAAGGGUCUUCGCAACACGAUCACGAUGAAGCAGUAGCACAAGCGCAGGAGAACAUGAUUUCUAACCGACAAUAUGUUUCCCACACGCCGGGUGCUGCCGCGGUAGAUUUGACCUCCUUGCGCCCAUCACCAUACCAUGUUCCUUUCAUCGGUAUCCAUUCGCCAGGUCCCAAUAUUGCAUCCAAAACCAAGGCAAUUUCCAGAGAGCACCUAAAGAUUGCAUACAAUCAAGAGCUGGGUGUAUUUGAAGCCAUUCCCCUGCAUAAAAACGGUUUCUUUUGCGAAGAUGUGCACUACAAAAGCGACAAGGUUGUGUUGCGAAGUGGUGAUCGAUUGCAAAUUAAAGAUAUCGACUUUCGAUUUCAUAUAAAUGGCGUCGAGCGGGGACGAACGGGAGCUGAGGAAUACGUGGAAGAAGAACCUGCGGUAGCUCUCAAGAAAAGGCAUGCACAGGGCGGAAAGGAGAUGAGUUUCGAUUUCGAAUCCGCACAUGGCAAUGCAGAGAUACAAGACACGAGUGAUGAGUUAUCCGACGUGGCAAGUCCACCCGAAUCGCCUGAUUUUAGCGAUGAUGAGGAUGCUAGAAUGGAGGAGCCAGCGGCCGUUAAAACGGUGGAAGCGGAAGCAGAGACAGUGACUGAGGCGGAGGCAGAAGCAGAGGCGGAAGCAGAUGCUGAUGGUGAUGGUGAUGGUGAUGGUGAUGGUGAUGGUGAUGGUGAUGGUGAUGGUGAUGGUGAUGGUGAUGGUGAUGGUGAUGCUGAUGCAGAAGCUGAAGCCGACGUGGAUAUGGACAUGGACAUGGACAUGGAUAUGGACGGGGACGGGGACAUGGACAUGUCAAUGAUAGGUGGGGAGCCAGGAUAUAAGCAGGAGGGUAUGCUUGAUCCGAACCAGGAACAUCUAAUGCUCCAGAUGCCUAGAAAACGAGGGCCUGGUAGGCCACCAAAGAACGGCAUCAUGUCGAAACGAGAGCAGCGGUUGCUCAAGAAACAUCAACAAGAGAUUGCCAAAAAGACUCUGCCACAGGCACCUCCAGUGGAGCCCCCUAUCAAACGCAAGGUGGGACGACCCAGGAAACAUCCUCUACCUGAAGGAUCCUCAGAGCGACCGGAGAAACGCAAGUACAAACCUCGCAAGCCUAGAGAAGAUGGUGCUGAAGGCUCAGAUGCAGAGAGGCGCGCGAAAGAAAAGAAGGAGAAGAAAGCCCGGCCGAAAUCUCCUCCCCUGGAACUCAAUAUGUCAGACUAUACCGAAGAACAGCUCCAGAAGCCAAACAAAAAUUACGGCGUGCUCAUCGAUGAGACACUCACAGCAGCUGGGCCCGACGGGCUUACCCUCAAGCAGAUUUACAAACGAAUUUGCCUGAGAUACCCUUGGUUUCACUUUCAUACGGAGACCAAAGGCUGGGAAAGUAGUGUACGCCAUAACCUUAUUGGUAAUGACGCAUUCAGAAAAGAUGACACGACUAACCUUUGGUCUCGUGUUCCGGGCGUCGAACUCGACGCUGGUAAGAAGAGGAAGGCCUCGUCUCCAGACCGUGCGGCAGCUCAAGCUUAUGGUCAAUACCCAUACGCCUACAAUGCCCAGCAUUUGGCAGCUGGUACGCCCGGUUAUAUCGUUGGACAGGCGCCUCCUGGCUAUCAAAUGCCAGCAUACACAGCACAACAAAGCCAGCCAGGGCGGCCAGUGCAGCAGUAUGGAGCGUCUGCAUCACCACCGGCACCGGCACCAGGCCAGCCAACCGCUACAACUGCUGCAUCGCAGCCGCCGGCGCCAGCACAACUACCUCAAGGUUAUGGACCACCGCCAGCCCCUGCUCACCCGCAACUCGGAGUGCCCCAACAAGGUACUUACAGCUCGCCAUAUGCGCCACGACCACCGCCUCCAGCAAAUCCUGCGGUCAAGAGUGAAGAAGGACAUGCCAAUACCGUCACGUCUGCUAGUGCAAGCGUUGCCCAGCAGCAGCAACAGCAGCAUCAUCUUCCUCCGCCACCCCCGCCAACGGUGGGCGCCAAAACCGUCCCUGGAACUGGACCCGCGUCGGUACAGCAGCAAUCUGCCACCCCUGUAAACAGAACUCCUUCAGUGCCUGCAGCUCCCGCUCCAGCGCGACCCGCUAUCGAGCCCAAGCUACUCACUGCAGUUGUCAACCUCAAGAAUGGCCUGAUUGAAAACCUCAAGAAAGCCAAGAAUCCCAAAGCCGCAGGAAUCGUCAUGUCAGCACUGAAUCGCUGUAUUGGCCUCAAGAAGGAGGCAACAGAGAACGACAAGAUGGAGGCGAUCUGUAUGAAGGGCAUUCGUCAAGUUAUUGACGGUUACAAGUCGAAGAGUCCCACGCCUGGUCCAGCUUCUUCUGCUGCUUCACCGUCGGCUACCGAGAUACCCCUCUUUCUUGAUUCCAAAGUCCUCGCAUCACUCAAUGGCUUCAAGGAUGUUUCAGUCAAAGCUCUCAGCCCCAAGCUCGGCGAAGCCAAAGCGGAAGCUGUUACAUUAUCUGCUAUUGACCGGGUACUGGGCAUAGCUGAUGCUAGCAUUGUUCCACCGCCGGGAGAAGGUGAAGCUGUCGGAAACUUUGAAGGCAUUGAGCAGCAUCUCAUGAAGUCUAUACGGCAACUCUUGACGGGGAUGAAUCAAAAGGUGUAG